CUCAUCGAUCUUUUUUGUUUUUUUUCACAAGAGAAUCACCAUGCGACUACCUUCGUCUUCGUCUUCUUCCUACUCACUAGCUUCAACGAGUUUGAGAAGUCGACUCGAAACCAUCUUUAGGAAAGCCAAACAGCUCUCGAUUCUGUGUCAAGUUGAUGUGUGCCUUAUCUACUACGGACCUGAUGGAGACCUAAAAAUCUUUCCAAACGACAAAGAGAAAGUGAGAAACAUGGCUAUGAGGUACAGUCGGCUAAACGAUUCCUUGAGAAGGAAAAAAAGCUUUGAUAUUUCUGAGUUUCUCGAGGGGGAAAAGGACAAUCCGAACAAAAGGAGGAAGACGAGUCCGAGUCCGAGUCCGAAGAACGUGGAUGUAUUGAUUGACUCUUUGGAACUCAAGAUCUCUACAUUCCAAGAAAGGGUUCGAUUUCUUGUUUCGCAGGAGAAACACAAACUACUGGAUCAUCAUCAUCAGAGUACUUUAGCAUCAUCGACACCCUCCUCCUCCUCCUCUCUCACGACCCGAUCUUUGAACCCUAGCCAGCAGUUCUCGCUACUCGUGUAUAACCAUGGAGACAAUACUCUCUCUCAGAUCCCACUCUCUGCAUCAAAUCUCAACAAUCAGGAUUUCUCAGCGUUACUUCAAGAAUCUCUGUUGAAGAAUGAACACAACAUGUAUUAAUUUGCUAAAAAACCUUUUAUGUACUUUUUGUAUCUCUUUUUUUUUUGGUAGCUGUAACAAUCUUCUCUUUAUGUCUUGUUCUUCUUGUUGUUGUGUCCUAUAUCUUAGUUCAACCAAUCUUUGUCUAUUAUUUUCCAAAUAUACACAUUGUCUACUUCUUUCUUGCUAAAAACUCUAAAGGCCUAAUGAAGUUUUCAUACAUUUAUGUGGGAUUUUGCAUAACGCAUGACAAGUAUCCUCUGUUUUCAACUCUGUUUCAGUACUGA